CACCUCUUCACCUCAGCUUAGAUUGCGUUGCUUUAUUUUCCUUGACUUUUCCGCAUGCGGGUGCUAUCUCCUGGAGUUUCCGCUCUGAAACUCACCUUUUCCGCAACAUGUACACCCUGCCGGUCUUGCUUGCGGCCUUAUUUCUACAUGUCAAGUUCCCCUUGCUUCCGGGUCUGAGAGACACCCUCUAUGGCAUCAUCGUCCUCAGCGCCUGCUGCGCCAUUUUCUACCCGCCCGACACCAGGGACUUUAUAAGAUAUACCAAUGCAUUUCUCUCUACCUCCUUUGUCAUUCGCGCUGUGGAGCUCCUCCUGGUCCAUGAUCUGAGUCACUUGAAGCGCCUACAAAGAGUGUCUUACCUAUCCUCUUCACCCGUAUAUACCUGGGAACCCAUAUCUCCCACGCUAGGGUGGAAGCGUUUUGUUCAAAUCUGCGAUCUAAUCAUCAACCCGCGCGCUGUGGGUUGGAGCUACGGCUCUCCCAAGUACCAGCCUCCCGUCCGGAAGCUCGAAGCUGUCCCGGACGGCGCAAAUGGGUGCGUUCCUAAACGCGAGGACAUCGUCCUGGUGGCAGAUGACGACCGCUUCUCGUUCUUGAGAGGCAAGGUCGUCCGGGCUCUGGUAGCCUACUUUAUCAUCGACUCGUAUCAGUCAGCUAUUGGACGGAACUACCCCAGCGUCAGCAACUUCGUAGAAACAUUCCUGACCAAUGUGCUGAAAAUCCACGCAUCCCCUGCCACAACUGAAGGCGUGAUCCGGUUGUUCAUCCUCCCGCCAGUACACUGGAUGGCCUCUUACGCCUUCGUAGACGGAAUCCACGCCGCCACCGGCGUAAUUUCCGUCGGUGUGCUUCGGAUCAUCUCUCCACAGCUCGCAGCGGAACCAUGGAUGUAUCCCCCUGUCUUCGGGGCGAUCCGAUACAUGUUUACCUUUAGCCUACGAGACAUUUGGGGCAAAAUGUGGCACGACCUCUGCCGUCGCCCAUUCCUGGCCCUCUCCCUCUCCCUCAUCCCGGACUCAUGGCCCCUAGGCCUCAGACGCCUUCUCGUCGUCUGCCUCUCCUUCAUGGUAUCUGGCGUCGUUCACGCAGCAGGGACCUACGCCGUCUCGAAGGACUGGUUCGCUGCGUCCAUGAUGAUGUUCUUCUUCUGCGUUCUGCCAGCAUGUGUGGUCGUGCAGCAGAUCAUUUCCGAUCAGAUUCUGCCGCGUGUCCUUCCCGCGAAGAGUAACAUCUCUCGAGUCGUUAUCUGGCUUGUGGAUGCGGCGUUCGUGGCCGCGUGGGGCUAUUAUACUAGUCCGUGGUUUUUGAAUUAUAGUAAGCUGCCGGAGGCGAUUGAAUCCAUUCCGAUGCCGGUUAGUUUCUGGGGGGUGGUGCUUGGGGCUUAGGUUUGGUUUCGUAUUGGUGGUUGUUAUAUAGUAUAGACUAUGUCUUCACUACAGGGGGGGAAGGGUGUUAUGUUAUGUGGGUUGGUGAACGUUUCUUGAUUUGUUGUUUCCUUGUUUUGGCAUAGCGAUAUGAUACCAUCUUAUAAAUUGGUUUUUUAUAGGGUUUGGAUAGAUUAUUGAUAGGAUUUCGGUUGCUAGCGAGGAUCCGAAUACGAAUACCAUAGUGUAUGUCCAGCUGGGACUACUGAUCCAACAAUAACGGGCAUUAUAUAGUGCUAUGUUCAGGUCGGCCAUCAUGGUACAAAUGAUUCAUCAUAUCCCCUCACUCAGCAAUGAUACUAGUGAAACAUCCG